UCCCCUCUCCGCUCCGUAUAGUCCGGAGACUUUUUGCCCUCCGGUUACCGGGUCCCUCAGGUGGCCACCCCAGUGGGCACACGCCCAGGCGCCGCUUCUGCCCCGCGCUCCCUCCCUCUGCCUUUCACUUCCCAGCUGCCAAGAUCUUGGAAGCUUUGAAGCUCAGCAAAGGAGGAAAAUCCAUUGAGAACAGUCUGUAAAGUCACUUGCAGUGUCGACCAAUAUCCAGAUAUUACCUACACUCGCCUAUCUGCUUGAACCAGAGAUUCCUGCACUGGAUGAGUGGGGAAUGAUGCUUUGAGGCCUCCAGUGACCUUUGUCUAGAGUGGUUGUGUGGACGCUCAUUUUUUUAAACGCCUGUCUCCUUUGCCUGGCAAGGUUUCAACCGUGAGGAAAUGUCAUUCAGAUUUGGCCAACACCUCAUCAAGCCCUCUGUGGUUUUUCUCAAAACAGAACUGUCCUUUGCUCUUGUGAACAGGAAACCUAUGGUACCAGGACAUGUCCUCGUGUGUCCCCUUCGGCCAGUGGAGCGCUUCCGAGACCUGCGUCCAGAUGAAGUGGCAGAUUUGUUCCAGGCAACCCAGAGAGUCGGGAUGGUGGUGGAGAAGCAUUUCCAGGGGACUUCUCUCACAUUUUCCAUCCAGGAUGGCCCUGAAGCCGGGCAGACUGUGAAGCAUGUUCACGUCCACGUUCUUCCAAGGAAGGCUGGAGACUUUCACAGGAAUGACAGCGUCUAUGAUGAGCUCCAGAAACAUGACAAAGAGGAAGAGGACUCCCCAACCUUGUGGAGAUCUGAGGAGGAAAUGGCAUCAGAAGCUGCAGCACUAAGGGUCUACUUUCAGUGACUUUGCAGGUGCGAAAGUAACUUGAACAAAUCCCAAGGCAUACGGAAAUGGGCCUCGUUCUCUAGGACUCUGCGGCAUUGGAAAUGAAGCUAAGCAGACUUUAUUACAUCCUACAAUUCUGCAACCUUUUGUGAAGCAUUUUAUUCCACUUGUGGAAGCCAUCGGGGUUAUGUUUCAAUCACCAUGACUGACAGGCUAACUUCAAAACAACAGCAUCGGCAGCCCUUCCAUAUUUCCUGGGCUAUGCACUUGGAAUAGAACCUUUUCUAAAUUGUCCCUUGGCCUGGAUGGAAAUAAAAUGGUGGUUAAAAUAUUUA